UCCCCACCAAUGAAGAAAGUGAUAAUGACUGUUCAGCCAGACUUACUUCAGUCGGCUUCCAAGCGAAGACAAACUUCUGCAAGUGUUGACCCCCGAGUCUUGACCAAGAAAAGGAAGAUGAUUACAAGGCGAGUGGUCAAGAAACUAGCACCAGCAUCCCCAAGUCCAUCAGAGUCCAACACCAACCAGGAUGCAGCUGAAGACAUCCCCAAUGCAGAAAGCCCGGAUCAACAUGAGAUGGCUGCAACUCCUGAUGCACUGUCGGAUGCAAGCGAGGAACAAACCGAUGCUCUUGACGUCAACACCAGCUCUGAUAGGACGAUUGCUCCUGAACCGCCAAACACUUCUUCUUCAGAACAGAGUUUCGAUAUUUUAGGUUUGCUUUCCUUCGACCCUGCAUCAAUGGGCCUGACAACCCCUGGAGAAGAGACAUCCUUUCUGCAGGUUAUGUUCAUUCCAUUUGACUUCUAG